AUGCGUCGACAAUUGGAUGGUUUUGAUAGCCCUUGCAUUUCAGAACGGGAGUAUGUAAAGCUCCAGUACGGCCGUAAAAUCGCUCAGGAUACUUGUCUCCUAGCCACUAUGAAAACUCCAGACUGGUCACAUGGUUUUCCUGCAUUUAUUGGCAAACACAAUAUAGUUCCGUGCACUGUGACCACCAAUUCUGGCAAUUCCACUCUAAAAAUGUAUCCUUACUCGGUGUAUUCAUGUGCUUGUCAGUCGGAUCUCAGUCGGUGUCACAAAUAUCGGUCGAAUUACUUGAGACAUCGUUGCCUGUCUGGUCCAACAGUUGCUAUGCUACUUCCAACAGCGGGACACGAAUCCACACGCACUACUGUCCACUCCUCAGUAUUUGAAAACUGCGGUCGCGGAGUAAUAGAUCAAUCUAUUCCGUUGUCUCAUUUAAUAAUUUCACACUCUCCAGGACCGAAGAUGACGUCUAAUUUAUCACAUCUGAAUUACUGA